AUGGCAGGCUCGUUUGAAGGAAGUUAUACGGCCAACCACUCGCGCGCGGUGUUGAAGACGGACGGGAGUGAGAGUGACCAGCAAGGACAAGCCGAGGCGCCUCCAGGUUCAGCGAAUGACUGGGGCAGGCGGACGAUUUUUGAUAGUCUCGAGGUUCCGGUCGAGUCUGAUUUCGAGUUCCGUUAA